UUUGCCAGUUAGUUCCAAUAGGUUUAAACACCGAACAACAUCUAAAUUUGCUACGCGCGUUUACUGCCUUAUAUUAUUUUCCAAACUUUUUUUCUCUUAAUUUUUUCAACGCCCUUUGUAACGUCGCAACAUUGGGGUUUAAAAAGUAAUGUAACAAAGGUGCACAUCAUUGUCGGUUGGCUAAACGAAACAUUUCGCAAAGUAAUACCAAAGCAAGAGAGCGGUUUGGUUCAAGAAUCAGAAACAACACGCAGAAUGGUCAAUUCAGACAGCGAUUCGGAUGAAUUUCCGUUUCCAGAGUUCGAAACAAAUGGCGAGUUCGUAGAUCCAGAAAACAAACGCAUCCGAAAUACAAAUGACGUGGGCGUACAGUUUCCAGAAUUGAUCAGUCCUCGUAAUGAACAGCGGCUUCCUAAAUCUGAGACAAAUUCAGAGCCCGAACCCAUCCAGCAAGUAAGCGAAUUGAAUGCAAGACGGUCAAACAAUUUACGACGAGUUCAGACCGGGAUGGUAAGAAAGAUGAAUAUGGUGAAGAUGUUGAGGUCGGUCAGGAGGUUUAUUGGGGGAGCGAGAUACCAUUCAAGAGCAGAUCGAAAAGGGCUAGUCAAUAUUCAAAAUGUGACCCAACCUGAAAGUCUCUCAAGCGGGGAUGAAAGCGAUCCACUUAUAGCCGACUCUAUACCAUCGCAGAAUGAAACUGAUAUGCUGCCAGAGGAUAUAGAAAUGGGGCAGGCAUCUCUGGACGAAUCCCGAGGUCCCGAUUUUCCAGAUUUCCCUACUGGAGCCGAAACUGAGUCUUCUGGGCCUGGUGUCCUGGAUUCCGGAAUUGAAAACUUGUCGAGGAUGAUAACAGCUCAAUUUCUGGAUGAUUCGGAUGUGGGAUGGAUGACACAUAGGAACGAACAAGAUGAAACAAGAGAGACUGCUGGUCAGGAUUUCGUCACUAUAGAAAUAGAAAACGAGUUCAUACUUUCCGAACCCCAAGAGUCGAACCCCACUUUCGAAGACGAAAUAAUCAGUCAACAUGAGAAUAUUCCUUUGGAAGAGACCGUGGAUGCAAUACUCGAAAGACCAACAACUUUAGGAUCUUUUGAAGAAGUGCCUUCUGAAUAUUCUGGGUCGACAAAAACUCUACCUCCGAAUGAUUUGGAUUCGGGUUCAACAUCUUCUGAAGACGUGUUAUAUGAAUUGAAUAAUCAAGAUUCCGGGAUAGAAUAUGAAUUGUUUGGGUCGAUAAGAACUCUACCUCCGAAUGAUUUGGAUUCGGGUUCAACAUCUUCUGAAGACGUGUUAUAUGAAUUGAAUAUUCAAGAUUCCGGGAUAGGACAUGAAUUGUUUGGGUCGAUAAGAACUCUACCUCCGAAUGAUUUGGAUUCGGGUUCAACAUCUUCUGAAGCAGUGUCCUCUGAAUUGGGUAAUUACGAUUCCGAUAAGGAUAUGGAUGAUGACUCAGACUCAUAUUUAACACCUCCUGAAGGGUCCUUUGAAUCGGAUUGUUCCGAGACCUCAAAAAAAGCCAAAGGAUCUGAAGGGGGCGCUGAAAAGGAAUAUGAUGAUUUGAUUGGGGCGUUAGAAACUCUAACUCCGAAUGACUGGAAUGCGGAAGCACUGUCCUUCGAGUUGGGUAAUCAGGAUUCCGAUAAGGAUAAGGAUGAUGAAUCUUUUAUGGAGAUCAGAGCUCCGCAGAACUCUCCAAAUGACUCGGAUGUGCCCUCUGAAGUGUCCUUUGAUUCGUCUGUGGCGAUAAGAUCUCGACCUCCAAGUGACUUCGAUUGGAGUUCAUCGGAUUGUUCCGAGACCCCAGAAAAAGCCAAAGGACCUGAUGGGGGCACUACACAGGAACAUGAUGAAUUGAUUGGGGCGAUAGGAACUCCAUCUCCGAAUAAUUCGCAUUUGGAAGCUGUGUCUUCUGAAUUGGAUAAUCAGGAAAAGGAUGAUAAGUUGUUUGAGAAGCUACGAACUCUACAGAACUCUCCAAAUGACUCGGAAGUGGAUUUUCCUGAGACCGCUGUGCAGGAUGAUUCUAUUGAAGACGACCCCGAUACUAUAAUGGAUAUUAUUGCCAUGCUCGUUCUUGAAAGGCCGAGCCGAAUGCACGUGAGAAUUGGUGCCGGAACCUACGAGUGGCGUAAGAAUAAACCUGAUGACGAAUCGAAUGACAUAGUAACAUGGACCUAUACGGGGACCUCUGGCAGAACAGAGUUCAGCAUUUCAUGGUAUACAACCGAAUCUAGCGUUGCCCUACUCAACGAUAACGCCGAUCGUGUUGUUUUACAACAUAUCAAGGAAGCUAUAGGUGAGUCUGUCGGUCACAAAUUGGUUACCAGGACCACGGCCGCAGAACGUCAGGCCACACGCUCUCUGCAGAAAAAACGCGAACAUGAAUCCAUACAAUCGAUUAUCUUGCGAAUUGCCGAAAAAUUAAGCGAUGCUCAAGCCAAGGUCGAUGAAUUUCGCAAGGAUAUCGAAAGUUACGAAGAGAAGCUUAAUCGCAAAUAUAGCGAUUAAGCCAACAGUUGGUGGCAUUAUUUGUGAUAAAUUUUUUGGUUAACCAUUGUUUGUUCGAUUAUAUAUAAUACAUGGCUAAGGUCUUUCCUUUGAUCCGUAA